AUUUGUUGUCUUGAACUGCUUGAUACAUCACACUAGUGCUUGGCUGCUUGCACCACCUGUGGCAGAUUGAACAAUAGGGUUCACAGGUUCUGCAGAACUAAAAUGUAUCGCUCACCGCUGAUAAAAUGUUCUGAAAGAGAGAUAACAGCCAUAAAGAUCCAGUCUUGGAUGCUGCAAAACAUAGAACAGUAUUUUUCUAGCUGUUACUUUCAAUGAAAGAGCAGCAUUGAAAAAGUUAAAACACCACUAGAACCAGAACGGACAAGUUUAAAUUCUGGAUUCGUCUAUGAAUGACAUACGUAUGACAGCUUUGAUAUUUUUACGCAUCAAUGGAACGUCAAGAUUGCCUUCUUUCUGAAUUCUUAGAAGAACAUCAACUGCAUUUGCUCUGUUUUGGUGUAGGCUUUUACUCUCUAUGCGCAUUAAUAACAUCUUCAAGUAUCGCAUCAAUUCGUUUAUGAACUUUCUCAACCUUAGCUCUCAUGUCACUGGUUUUUCUCAGUGAUUUGAUUGAAGGGUAACUUUAAGCAGCGAAAUUCCUGGUUUUACACAUAUUUACUCUGGGCAUAACUCUAAGUAGGCGUUUGGAUAUGAAUGUGAUCUGAACCCAAAUGCUUACUUAGAGUUAGUGAGUUUAGAAUGAACGUGAUCUUAUCACACCUGUAUAUAUUUUUAAUGUUUAUUUUUGUUUGCAUAUGUAUAUAUAGUUCGAGUGGAUAAGAAUGAGUUCAGUUGAACAUACACGCAAAAUGCGCGUGUAUGUAAUAAAUUGGAAAGAAACAAAUAAAAACUUGUACCUUAUCAUUUCUACAGAUUUUUUGGCAUCUUGAUAAGGCAUUCUUAAAUCAGAAACAAUGAUAUUUUGGACCAAGAAAUGUAUACAUCUCAACAUUUUAUUCAGAAAAAGCAUCAGGGGAAAAGAUAGUGAUAAUCUCUAUGAUGUUUGUCCUACCGAUACAACGCGUAAGAACGUCUUCAUAAACGGCUAUCCAUGCAAGAAUCCAGCACAAAUUACUGCUUCUGAUUUCAAAAGCUCUGGUUUGAGCAAGGAAGGUGACACGGAUAACUUUCAACGUUCAUCGACAACAUUAGUCACUGCUGCAGAAUUUGCAGGACUCAACACUCUCGGGUUAUCUGUUGCCAGGACUGACCUGGAUGUAGAUGGCGUGAUAAUGCCACAUGCUCAUCCACGAGCUUCCGAGAUGAUGUUUGUUGGCAAAGGAGUGGUGAUUGCUGGAUUUAUCGACACGAAAAGCCAAGUGUUCCAAAAGACUCUUAAACAAGGUGAUGUGUUUAUUGUCCCCAGAGGACUUCUACAUUAUAACUUGAAUUCGGGGUUUGAAUUAGCCACUGUGUACUCAGUGCUGAGCAGCCAGAAUCCUGGUAUGUUGAGUAUAUCAGAUGCAAUGUUUGCACCAGUUGUUUCGGAACCCAUGAGAGACCUGAUGAAGAAGUUGUUUUCGCGUUCAAACUUGGGAACAAACCAGAUUAAAAAUGUGACAUCGUUUCGUUAUUAAACUUCAUAACUUUGAGCGUUUUCGUUUCUAAUAUAACUUGUGCCAAAUAUUUAUGACAUUCAUCGCGAAAUGUAUAUGUAUAUCAGUACUGUAUAUGACUACUGAAUAUUAACUUCUCUUUUAACUUUCAA